AAGACCCUAUCUUGAAAAAACCCAUCACAGAAAAGGGCUGGUAGAGUGGCUGAAGGUGAAGACCCUCAGUUCAACAGCACAAAAAAAAAAGCCUAUGAAGCAGUUAAGACUUUUGAGUACCAGGUACUCAACCCUGUGCCUCACCCAUGCCAAGGCAAGCACUCUACCAGUGAGCUAUAUACAUCUCCAAUCUGAAACUAGCCAGUUUUGUGCUGAUUUUCCUUAACAAUCUUGCUUCACUUGUUUUUGGGAUACAUACAUGCAUGUAAUUACUUUAACCAAGUGUGGAUUUUAGUGUCUCUCAUUUUCCUUUGGAUAGCUGGAUUUUAUUCAAAAUCAGAGUUUUAAGAAUUCAUACUUUGAUGACAAGAAAAAAGUGGGAUUGGUAGCAUUUUAAAUUACGGACUAUUUAAAAUAAAUGCAAAAGUGGAGUAUAACAAAAUGAACUCCCAGGUGCCUGUUACCCAGCUUCAAUAAUUGCCAGUGGUGGACAAGUUUUACCUAGGUUGUGGAUAGUUUUCAAACAAGUCCCAGCCAUCAAUCACACUGUUUCAUCUACAGGUAUUUCAGGGUGUAUCUCUAAGAAUGAACUGCUUUAUUUUAUCUUAUUUUUUGGUGGUAGUGGAUUUGAACUUAAGUAAUUUCUAGCCAGUGUUCAAGUAGAGUGCUGCCAUAUAGAUGCUGAAAGUACCACCAAGGUCUUUCGAUUGGAAAUGUGUGGAAGGACUGGCUCAUCUGUCAAUGUAGUUUCCGAGUCUAUAUCACCGGUCUCAUACCUUCUCCUUGUUACUCCUACAAAGUGGUAGGUUGUCACUUGUGAGUAGAUGCUGAAAUUCUAAAGUAUAAUGAAACCGUACACACCACAGCUUCAGUAGUCAUUGACGGAUGACUGAUGGAUGAAGUAGCCAUCUUACUUCAUGGCUUCUACAACCUCCACUUAAACAGUCUGAGGACAUCGGUUACAGCAAAAUGUAUAGAUUGUUACCGCUCAUCACUUCACUUGAUUCAAAUGAGGACUCACAGGUUCGUGAGAUGAUGUCGCUUGUUAGGUGUGAAGUUGAGUUGAGCUGUUUUAAAGUUACAGAAGGCCGUGGUACAAAGUGCUGUGUGUCCGCGGCUUCGGCUGGGAGGCGCCCAGCGUCCACGCUUGAGUGCAGUCCCCCUCCCUGUGCUUCCGCGUGCACUUUGUCCCCUCGCGCUCUCGGAGAACUCGCUGAGAACUGUUCCCCGUGGCUUUCUUCUCUUCCCCCACUUCCUGCCGUGGCCCACCCCGCGGUUCGCGGGCCGCACCUGCAGGCACGCGUUUCCCAUUGGUGACAUCUUGGCGGGCCCGGCGGUGGCACUUCCUCUUCCAUACCCCGUGACCCACGUCCGCCGCUGGCCUCGAUCACGCGGCCUCUGCUUCCCGGACUCCGGAACCAACGGCCGGUCCCUGGCGUGGUUAAGAACAGAAGAUGCACCUGGACUUCCCGCAGAGCCAUCUGUGUUUUUAAAGCAUCAGGUGGAAUUUGGGAUUCUCUGGCCGUAAACCACGCUUGCUUGAUGAAAAUAGAAAUCAGUUCUACCUUCUUCAUUGGACAAUUCAUUACCUACCAUAAGUCUCCCACUGAAUACAUCCUUGUGGUUCUUUAAGCCACAGAAAAACUGCCCAAGCUUCUCUGACAUCUGCCCUGUCAAGUAUCCAAGAUGCUAGGUCCUGAGGGAGGUGAAGGCUUUGUUGUCAAACUCCGUGGCCUGCCUUGGUCCUGCUCAAUUGAGGAUGUGCAGAACUUUCUCUCUGACUGCACAAUUCACGAUGGGGUUGCAGGUGUCCAUUUCAUUUACACUAGGGAAGGCAGGCAGAGUGGUGAGGCUUUUGUUGAACUUGAAUCAGAAGAUGAUGUAAAGUUGGCUCUGAAAAAAGACAGGGAAAGCAUGGGACACCGGUACAUCGAGGUGUUCAAGUCACACAGAACCGAGAUGGAUUGGGUGUUGAAGCACAGUGGUCCAAACAGCGCUGACAGCGCCAAUGAUGGCUUCGUGCGCCUUCGGGGACUCCCAUUUGGAUGCACAAAGGAAGAAAUCGUUCAGUUCUUCUCAGGGUUGGAAAUCGUGCCAAAUGGGAUCACACUGCCAGUGGAUCCAGAGGGCAAGAUUACAGGGGAGGCCUUUGUGCAGUUUGCCUCACAGGAGUUAGCUGAGAAGGCGCUAGGGAAGCACAAGGAGAGAAUAGGGCACAGGUAUAUCGAGGUGUUUAAGAGCAGUCAGGAGGAAGUUAGGUCAUACUCAGAUCCACCUCUGAAGUUUAUGUCUGUGCAGCGGCCAGGGCCCUAUGACCGACCAGGGACAGCCAGGAGGUACAUUGGCAUCGUGAAACAGGCAGGCCUGGAGAGGAUGAGAUCCGGUGCCUACAGUGCAGGCUAUGGGGGCUACGAGGAGUACAGUGGUCUCAGUGAUGGCUACGGCUUCACCACAGACCUGUUUGGGAGAGACCUCAGCUACUGUCUCUCAGGAAUGUAUGACCACAGAUACGGAGAUGGCGAGUUCACGGUGCAGAGCACCACUGGCCACUGUGUCCACAUGAGGGGGCUGCCCUACAAAGCAACGGAGAACGACAUUUACAACUUCUUCUCUCCACUCAACCCUGUGAGAGUUCAUAUCGAGAUUGGCCCUGAUGGAAGAGUGACAGGAGAAGCUGAUGUUGAGUUUGCUACCCAUGAAGAAGCUGUGGCGGCUAUGUCAAAAGACAGGGCCAACAUGCAGCACAGAUACAUAGAACUGUUCCUGAAUUCGACAACAGGGGCCAGCAAUGGGGCUUAUAGCAGCCAGGUGAUGCAGGGCAUGGGGGUGUCUGCAGCCCAGGCCACAUACAGUGGCCUGGAGAGCCAGUCAGUGAGUGGCUGUUACGGGGCCGGCUAUAGCGGUCAGAACAGCAUGGGUGGAUAUGACUAGUUUUCUAGGAGCAUUUGAGUUGUUUCAAUCAAAUUUUCACAGGCAGCCAAGAAGCAGUGAAGAGCAGUUUAUAACUAGAGGAGCUGUGGGACCCAUUUUGCACCAUGAGUUUGUGAAAUCUGGAUUAAAAAAUUACCUCUUCAGUGUUUCCUCAUGCAAACUUUUCUUCUAGCAUGUGAUACUGAGUAACCUAAAACUAUUUUCUUCCGCUAUUCUCGAUUAACGUUUUGGUAGUGUACUUCAGAGUGAUGUUAUCUGAGUUAAACUAGUUUAAGUAUGUUAAAUGUGGCUCUUACGCCACACCACAGUGAGCACAUUGGGGAGAUGUACUUUUUUGGAGAACUCAAAGGUGCUAGAUCCCUAAUUCAAAGAGAAACAUUUCUCAUGUUUGUUCAUUCUAGUUUAUAUUUUCAUUUAAAAUCUUUUAGGUUAAGUUUAAGCUUUUUAAAAGUUAGUUUUGAGAAUUGAGACACAAUACUAAUACUGUAGGAAUUGGUGAGGCCUUGACUUAAAGCUUUCUUUGUACUGUGAUUUCCUUUUGGGUGUAUUUUGCUAAGUGAAACUUGUUAAAUUUUUUUGUUAACUAAAUUUUUUUUCUUAAAAUAAAGACUUUUUCACAAUGA